UAUUUUUAACAAUACUUAUCCAGAAUUAUUAUCAUUGCAUCAACAAAUAGAAGAAUUUCAAAUAGCUUACCAAUCUAAUAUUAAAGUAAUAAUACCUUAUAAUCCAAUUGUUGAAAAUUUUCAUAAUCAAGAAGAAUUAGAUAAAUCUAUUUUAUUAGAUGAAUCUAAUUUAAAUAAAUCUAUUUUAAAUAAUGAACAGAUAAAUAAGUUUAAAAAAAUUUAUCAUGAAAAUAAAAUUGAAAAUAUUGAUGAUAAUAAUGAAGAUUCAAUUUUAAAUAUUAAAACAAAUUGGAAAAAAAAGAUGAAGAAGCUUAAUAUAAAAAAUUACAAACAACAAUAUAUUAUAAAGAAAUAUAUCUUUAAAAUUUAG